AUGUGCUGCUCUGUGGGGUUCGCUCGCUCGCUGGGCCUGGCUCUGGUGCCUCUGGCCGUGUGCUCCAUCGUGGCUAACCUCCUGCUGCUGUUUCCCAUGGGGGAGACCCAGUACCUGCAGGAGGACCGGCUCGCCCAGUACGUCUGGUACUUUGGAGGACUGGGAGGUGGAGGAGUGCUGAUGCUGAUUCCUGCUGUGGUCUUCAUCACUUUGGGGAAGUGUGACUGCUGCUGGAACGAGGGCCUCAUGAUGUGUGGCUCGGUCCUGGCUGCAGUCCUCGGUCUCCUUGGAGCUGGUUACUCCUUCGUCGUCGCUGGUUUUGCUUUGGUCCAAGGUCCUCUGUGUUUCACCAGUCUGGGAUGGACCUACGCCUUUGAGGACCAGAGCGGCAGGUACCUGCUGGAGCCGGAGUCCUGGUCCCAGUGUCUUCAGCCUCAGAACAUUGUGGAGUGGACGGUGACGCUGCAGUGUGUGCUGCUGGGUCUGUCCGUCCUGGAGGUCGUUGUGUGUCUGUGUCAGAUCGGAAACGGUUUGGUGAACGCCGUGUGCCGCCCCUGUUGCUACAAACAGGAGUACAGCCUCAGUGCAUAG